CUUUUAAGGGAUGCAAAGACUUAAUUUUUUUUUUCUUUACUUUGUUGUACUAGUAGAAAAUUUAAUUAUACAGUAGUUGGGAAUUUCCAGUUUAUCAGACAAAACAUCAAACACCUGGUGUUCGAGACAGCUCAGGGGAAUGAUUUUGCCGGUUUUCAAGCUCGGGACGCUUGCGCUGAAAACUCUCUGCAAACCCAUCGGGAAUCGCAUAAAGAAAGAGGCCGGCUUGCACCCUAGAUUCCGCCAAUCCAUCAUCAACAUUGCUCAGGCUAACCAUCGCCUCACCACAAAUUUGCAAAGGCGUAUAUAUGGGCGUGCGACAGAUGUUGCGAUUCGCCCUCUAAACGAAGAAAAAGCCGUCCAGGCUGCUGCGGACCUUGUGGGCGAGUUUUUUGUGUUCACGGUUGCAGGCGUGGCUCUAGUUUUCGAGGUGCAACGAAGCUCCAGGUCAGAAGCAAGAAAAGAGGAAGCGCGCAAGCAAGAAUUAGAGCUUCUGAGGCAAAAAGACGAAGAACUAGCCAGAGAAGUCGAGCAGCUCAAGCGUAGAAUGUCAGAGGUCGAGCAACUUGCAAAAGAACGAGGCCUGAGUGGCGUUUUCAAAUCAAGGGUGGCAAAAGAAACUGAUAACAAACCAAAAGAUGCUCAACCAUCUUAAGAUCUGAUCAUCGGGAGACUGCAAAAUCGCGUGUCUAAAAGCUGACCAGUUCAAGGCAUCGUGUACGACACUAACAACUGUGACUGGACCCGUGAUUUAAGACGGUCUGGUUCCGUUCCAAAAUUUUAUAACCUUGAAGCGUGGCGACAUUUACAAUUACUGAUGUAUUAUUAAAUACUCUAUUCGAAAACACAGUUUAUAUGCAUUUUAGGUUCGCGACAUGUUUACCGUGUUGUUUGGUUGAAAAACAUUAACGAUAUAUUACAUGUAAGCGUCUAGAUUUUUUUGUUGUGGGAUAUUGCAAAUAAAUUCAAAUUUUAUGA